AUGAACUGUAACCACGCCACUCUCCUUUGUCUUUCUCUCCCACCACCACCACUGAAUUCAAAUGGCGUGAUUUUCCCAAAAUGCCAUUAUGCAAUCCCCGUUUCCAAGAAAACCCUUUUGUGCAAACCGAAGCUGAAGAGAAAAACGAUUCUUCUUAGAAUCAAAGCUUCGUCAAAGGAUGAUAAUGCUCAAUCACCAAAUUGGUCUAAGUGGAUUCCCACUGGCUCUUUUGCCGCUGAUAGAGUUUUCAGAUUGAUUUCAAGCGCUACCGCUAGUCCCAUUGGACAGUUUGUUUCUUCCCCCACCACGUUUCUUCACUCUAUCGAUCCAAGGGUCAAAUUGUUAUGGCUUUUGGUUCUAGUUGUUCUACCGGCAAGGUCACAUAUAAUUAUGCGAUUUGGAUUAGUAGCAUACUUGACUUUGCUUUCAAUUUGGGUUCUACCAAGAAAUGCUUGGAUGGAUCAAUUGGGGCGAGUUUAUUUUCUAUCGGCAUUGUUAUUCAUAACAUUAGGGCUUGGUUCAGAUGGUGUGCCUGCACUUGUUCAGCCAAGAACUCCACCACUUGCGGUGACGGGGAUUCCUAAUCUUCCUGUAUCUUUAACAGGUUACUCAUAUGUAAUCUCAAAGUUAGGUCCAUUAACCUUUACGAGGAAAGGAUUAUCUGUUGGAAGCACGGUUGCAUGUUUGACUUUUACAGUAUUCCAAAGUGCAAGUUUAUGUCUCACAACCACAACACCUGAACAACUAGCAUCUGCUUUGCGAUGGUUUAUGCUUCCUCUUAGAUACAUAGGCGUAUCUGUAUCAGAAAUUGUGCUUACCCUUUUACUGUCAUUGAGAUUUAUCAGUCUAGUUUUUGACGAGGUCCGGAACAUUGCUAUGGGAAUUGUAUCUCGUAGGGUGAACUGGAAACAACUAACUGUUAUGGAAACAAUUGAUAUUUUCUUUAACUACUUCCGUCGCAUCUUCAAAAAUAUUUUCAGCCAUGCAGAGCAGAUUUCUCAGGCUAUGAUAGCUAGAGGUUUUAAAGGGGACGUGGAAACUCACAAAAUUUAUUUCUUGUCCGAAUCAUCUUUUGGGAUGGGAGAUGUUGUAAGUUUAUUGUGCUUGUCAGUUGUCAUCGGAGCUGCUCUCCUGUCCGAUUACUACCUUGUCUAA